AAGAACGGGAAUUUAUUUGUAUGACUAGGAAGGAAUCGGGAUGUGGUUACAAAUUUACUGAUGGUGAUGAUAGGUGCAUGGAAUAUCCUGUUCUUGCCUUUGAGGGGGAAAUGAAGUUGCUGUUUCUAAGAAAAUACUUCGAGACGCUCUUAUUAUUUCUGAUUUUAACGUGCUAAAUUUAUCCAGUUGUGCAUAAUGUCGACCAAAGAAUUCGCCUGUGUUUUAAUUGGGAAUGAGGAAAACAAGUUUUUCCUUCGAGACGUUAACGACCGAGGCUUGUGGCUACCAUUCGAAGAGAGGACUGAUCAUCUCAGUUUGAAAGGAGUGGCAUCGAAACUAAUUGAACAGAUCACAGGUGAAAAGUCGAACCUGAAAGGCCUCCUCAGAAAUCAGUUUGUCAGAUUCACAAACAGUUCGUCACAUUUGUUUGUCUUCUUCUAUGCCAGUGUGAAUUCUGAAAAUGUUAAGACUUCCGAAAAUGGAUAUUGGCUGAACAUCGAUGAAAUGAAAACGACCUUGGAGUCUGGUUCUACACUUCACUUGCUGGGCUUGGAGCCUGUGAAGCUUGCACAUCAAGUUAUAGAAUGUAAAGGUAGCUCUGCGGUGCCUGUGACCACAAUGGGUGAACUGAGUGCAGAACCGUACGACAUUAGCUCAGAGAACCCUCAGAUGACCGCUCAUGAGGCUCUGGUCAAAUCAGCCAAAUUAGGAAAGAAAGAACAAGACUUACUUUUUCAAGAGUAUAUCGAACAAUGUCAGCCCAGCCAGAACAUGAACUUGACCACAUUCACGUCUUACAUGACAGAGCUGAAGGGCGCUCGUCGAGAGACCAUUCCUGCCCUCUUCAGAGCAUUUGACCCUCACAAGAAACACAUCCUGUCAUACAAAGAUGUCCUACUGGGUCUAGCGGCACUUGAACCCUGCACCCAACAUGGUGGACUCCCGGCGGAGAUGAGGUGUCGCUACAUGUUCCGCUACUACGACGUCAAUGGGGACGGAUUCUUGCAGUUUGAAGAGUUCAAAGCUUUGGUGAAGGACAUCAGGGAUCACAAAGGCUUACCAAAUGAUGAUGCGUCGCUUGUUGAAGACGCUAUUAAUAGUGCCAAAUUGUUUGGAGAAGAAACAAAGGACAAAUUGCCGAGCAGCGACUUCUUGACGGCCGUGGGGUCGUUGAAGUUUCGUGGAACAUCGAUCUUGUUUCGUUUGCAUCAGACUUGUAUGACCAACUUAAGAUUAGACCAGGGUGUUUCCAAUUUGUCCCUCUGUAGAGCACGGGAAGGAAGCCCCUACAGUGACAGCGAUAGCGACAAUCGAGAGGAACCUCCCACAAAAAGGUCACGGCCAAAACUGAUGGACUCGAAGAAGCCGAAAGAGAAGCAAACUGAUAAAUUAGAUUCAAUCUUCAAGCAGCCAGAAGGGCGAGCCCCGUCAUCCACCUCAGUGAAAAUGGCAAAAUACGACCUGGCGACUCACACCGUGCGGGUCAAACGUACAGGGACUCUUGCGGAGGUCAUGGCUCUGUGGGACCUUCAAGGGACAGCAGCAGUCAGCGGCAGUGCCAACAAUCACCUGGAUGGAGAUGUGUCCAGAUUCCAGAGACUGUCGUCCAUUGAUGCCUUCAAUCAGAGAUCCCAUCCUAAUGAGAUGUUGACAGGACUGCGCUACUUUGAGAGGCCCACAAAGGGAGAUAAUGGAGCCAACCCGAAGCCUGCCUUUGACUGGGGCGAGGUGGACCGCAAUGCCUUAGCCAAGUGUCUACUGAUUGUUUGUCGUCAAGUCAAGGAACAUCUGGCCACAGAACCACGUCUGCUGAAACUGAGGUCGCCGACCUACAUUCUGGGGGAUAUUCACGGCAACUACUGUGACCUUGUGUCUUUUGAGAAGGCCUUGUGGCGAAUGGGACCCCUGCUGACUCCUGCUUCCUUCCUCUUCCUGGGCGACUACGUGGACCGAGGGGACUACGGUGUGGAGGUCAUAUCUUACCUGUUUGCUCAGAAGCUUUUAGCGCCAAAUAAAUUUUUUCUGCUGCGAGGGAACCACGAACUUCGAAGUGUUCAAGAAAUGUUCCACUUUAAAUCAGAAUGUUUGGAGAAAUUUGGGGACAGCAUUGGUAAUCAGAUCUGGGAUGCGGUCAACGAGUGCUUCGAUGUGAUGCCGAUUGCAGCCACUGUUGAUGACAAGGUUUUUUGCGUCCACGGAGGUAUUCCCGGCCCGGACAAUGAGGGUGGCUACAUUGAGGCCAUCAACAAGAUCCCCUCCCCCUUAGCCGACCCAGAAGUAGAAAGUCCCCUAGCGUGGGAGCUUUUGUGGAGUGACCCAUUGAGCAGUUCAGACAACCUGACAGAUGCCACCAUUGAGGAGCUGAAGGACAACCACGGGUUCACCUUCAACUCUCGCCGAGGCACCGCCCACUUCUUCAGCUGUGAAGCUCUGUGUGCCUUCUUGGAGCGGAACGGCUUGUCUCACGUCAUCAGAGCACACGAAGUGCAGGAGGCAGGGUUCAAGGUUCAGCAACAGGGCAAACUUCUCACCGUCUUUUCCUCGUCUCGCUACUGCGGGGGCUCAAAUGAAGCAGCCUGCGUACUGGCAGACCACUUUAAGCUCCGUCUCAUCCGUAUCGACACAGCGUAGCCAGCCUCCUGUUUCUGCUGUAGUGGUACUGAAUUUUAUAUCGGAUUUGAUAGGGCUUCAUUAUUUGUUCAUGAAAAUGCUCUCUCUUACUCUGGCAUCUCAUAACCCCCUGCAAUCAUCUCUGCGCGCCUCCCCUCUUUCUAUUUCUUCAGCUCUUUGUCUCUUAUUCUUUUUCUCAUGCUCCCCCCUCUAUCUGUCAUUCCCUUUUUCUCUGUGUCUUUCUUGCUCUCCAUAUUUCUGUAUUAUGUUUCUGAUUGUUAUUUGUCUCAUUUUUGUUUUCUUCUAUCAUUGUUCUUUGUGUUCUUAAUUUUCUCAUUUUCUUUUACCUCUUCGAAAUAGAUACUCUCGUUUUUCUUAUUCUGAUUUCUGUAAUGUCACUUUAGUCUAUGACAUGAGCUGUGCUUUUAUACAAUUUUUUGAUGAAUACAUUAUUAGUAUAACUGUUUAAUCAUAGCUGAUAUACUCAGUCGGCUUUGACUGUUUUAUGGGGAACAAGAUGAAAAGAAAAGAAAGAUUUACACGCUCACUCACAUUCGUAAUAUUACUCAUUUCCAUUUUACUGUCUGUGGUUUGUAGGUGAGAUUAUCUCCUGAUGGGUUUGCAUGCUUUUUUUCGUACAGUACUUUUCAGUAUUUGUAUGAUCACACUUGUUCUGUGUUGAAUAUGGCCAUUUUAUUGCGUACCCACUGUGCAACUACAUGUGAACAUUUUUACUGUCUUGCCUUUUAUUCCUAAGACCCUAGUCUAGUUGUCCAUUCCAUAUGAGGAAUUUCAUUUUUAAUGUGUUAGAUUUCGUUGUGUGUCCUGGGGCAUACUGCAAUACACAGAGUAAUGACAGAAUUUUAAAACAGUACUAGUGGGUGGGGAGGGGAGGAAUUGUUUAAGGGAUGCUUGCAUUUUGCUGCGUUGUCUUUUUAUUUUGAUAUCUCUUCUCUCUGUUGUCUUGAUUUUCUCAAACACUAAGUGACCCCUUACAUACUUCUCUGCUCCCAAAUAGAAGGAGAGAGAAAUGAGAAAUAUGACCUUAUGCAGUUGCGCACGCUGUAGAACUUAUAUUAAACUGAAGAGCGGGGAUCUGAUGUGGUCUGCUUCUUGUACUCUUUUCCAGUGUUACAGUAUUAUCCUCAUGGGUGAUUGGAGGGUGCCACUGAUAUGUGCUUCUUUUAAAAAAAAA